GAAAUGAACAGAUACCUGUAGGCUUGCUGGAUAUCCACGUUUCUUUGAUACCAUCAGUUGAUUCCUGUCUACCUGGCUCUGCUGUCUCCACAUAUCUUGAGAAAGUCAACACUUGCUUUGGAGAGAGACGUCGGCUUUUCAUUAGUUAUGCUCGACAGUGGUGGAGAGAAUACACAGAGGCUGGGACAAACUUUGCAUCAAGACCUGUCAGGAUAUUUGCCAUGGAUGAAAAUGGUAGAAAUAGAUUUGUAUGCGAGUAUGUGCGUCAGUUAGAGGCAGGACAUGCUCUUAGAUCCCCGGAAGAAGCAGCCCGUUGGGUUAGUAUUAUUCCAACCAAACCUGUACACCAAAUGCCUGCAGAUCGCAGUAGUCACUGGUACACUCUUCCUGUAUCUGUCAUGGCACAAAGUUUGAAUGUGGAAAGCAAAUGUAGUUUACUUUGUAGUCUCCUUCUUGGGUUUGGUUUGGAUGCCUGGGUGUGUGUUGGUACAUUCAGUUCAGGUGUACAACACACCUGGGUCAUGACCCGUGGACCAUAUACUGCUAUUACUUUCUGGGAGUCCUCAACAGGAUGCCGUUAUGUCUACAAGUUAGGUCAGAAAGCUGGCCAUGAUUACGGGACUGUAGGGAGCAUCUUUAACCAUGAACACUUCUAUGCUUCUGUUCAG